GGCAACUGAACGGUCACUAAAUGAACUGUUGCAAGUCGAGGACUACCUGAAGUUCAUUCAACCCAUUCUUGGAAGGUAACGUAGACACGUUCUAGCAUGGAUGCUUUUGCUAAUCACAGUUGUCACCUCCUUCAGCAGCUCCAUAACCAGCGGAUACAGGGACUUCUCUGUGAUUGUAUGUUGGUGGUCAAAGGAGUUUCCUUCAAAGCACAUAAAAAUGUGUUGGCUGCUUUUAGCCAAUAUUUUAGGACCCUGUUUCAAAAUUCGCCAAGCCAGAAGAACGAUGUUUUUCAUUUGGACAUUAAGAACGUGGGUGGCAUAGGCCAGAUCUUGGAUUAUAUGUAUACUUCACAUCUUGACCUCAACCAGGAUAAUAUACAGAACUUGCUGGAUAUUGCACAGUGCUUGCAGGUGCAGAAUAUUUUGAAUCUGUGCCGCUCCUUUUUAAAAACCUCCCGAUCUGUAGAGCAGCCAGCCAGUCUGACUGGCAAUGAUACAUUUUCAUUGCGAAAUACUUUGGUUGCUGAUACCCACUGUGGACACUAUGAUGUACUCCAUGUUUGCUCAACUGCUGCUGCUUGCAAAGCCUUGGAUGACCGACAACCUGAGUCACAGCCUUGUGCAUCUCACAGCUCCUCAGCUGAGAGAGCCAAACCAAAACAAGACUCUGUGGACCCUGGCAGGGCGGAUCUCUCCUUUAAAUUACCAAACGGCCAUUAUAAGCUCCGAAACUUUUAUAGGAAACAGACUAUUUGUCCCAGCAACCAGGGGUCACUAGAAAUGGCCCCAGGUUUUAUAAUACCUCCAGCGCAAGACACAGCUCAGGGUGCUGCUUUGUGCAACGUCAGCCAAUGUCCUUUGGAGUCGUCCGAUUGUCCCCCACUGCCACCACCCUUUCUCGCUCACUCCUUCAAUGACUUUCCUGUGGAUCAAGACACAGAGACCACUUCUGUACAGCCAGCCAAACCGUUGAGGCCUAAGAAAGCCAUCCACCUUCAAAAACUGAAUUUGCUACGGUCCCAAAAGUCUUCUGAACAGUCUUCUGUACGUGAUCCUAAGGGAGCCGUUGCAAAAGGAAAUGAAUUAGGAAGCCAGAGCAGCACAAAAAGGACGACCACAGUUGAGGUUCCUGAAGGGAAGCAUCCCAGCGGGCUAACGAGUUCCGAGUGUGUAGAAUUGGAGCCGUCCCGGGAACCUCCUGGGCCAGAGAGCCCGUUAAAGGAUCUCCUUCCAGAGAGGCAGUAUCCUUGCGCCUUAUGUGGAAAGGUUUUUAAACACCCGAGCAACUUGGAGCUCCACAUAAGGUCUCAUACAGGUGAAAAGCCUUUUGAAUGUAACAUUUGUGGAAAAUGUUUCUCACAGGCAGGCAAUCUUCAGACUCACUUGCGUCGCCAUUCUGGUGAAAAACCAUUCAUUUGUGAAAUCUGUGGGAAGAGGUUUGCUGCCUCUGGAGACGUCCAGCGGCACAUUAUUAUUCACUCUGGAGAAAAACCGCAUCUGUGUGAUAUUUGUGGCCGAGGAUUUAGUAACUUCAGUAAUUUAAAGGAACACAAGAAGAACCACGCAGUAGAAAAAGUAUUCACAUGUGACGAGUGUGGAAAAUCAUUUAACUUACCACGGAAAUUAGUAAAACACAGGAUCAGACACACAGGAGAAAAGCCAUAUAAUUGUUCAGUUUGUGGAAAAUGUUUUGCGGGAUCUGGAGAUUUGCGAAGACAUGUCAGAACGCAUACUGGGGAAAAGCCGUAUCCCUGUGAGACCUGCAAUAAAUGCUUCAGCCGUUCUGCCAUCUUACGUCGACACAAAAAAACCCACUGUAAAGCUAUUGUAGAUGAGUUUUCUCACACCAUGGAAAUUCCUGACCUCGAGAAGUCCCAAUGUUCAGAUUUCUUUACCCAGGAAAUCUCGGUCUCCUUCCUGUCGGCAUCAGAGAAAUGCCCGCCCCACUCGAGGGGGCAUUCGCCAAUUGAGUUGGGACCCCCUGGAGCACCAUUUGUCAGGGCAAGGCCUGCGGUGAGAAAAGACGCUCAGAAAUUGAGUUUGGAUCCUGCCAAACUGUGUAAAUUUCCAGAAGGACUGACUCGGUCUUGUUCUUUUCAAGAAAGUCAUCCGCUGCAGUCUGGCACUCCGCCCUCAGUUCCCUCUUCCACAAGUGCCCCUCUGGGCAGGGGCUGGAACGGGGAGCCCCCGAGCAGCCAGGUGGCUCCUGCCGAGCCCUGAAAUAAUGGGGGGCCCUUCUCCAGCAUGACGCUCUGGGGCCUAACCAUGAAGACUUUGCAGAAUGAGAGUGAGCUGGGCCAGUGAGGCUUGGGCCUCCUGAAGAGCUGUUAUGCCUAUUUAUAAGUAAAUAAAACUGUAUCAAAGUUGUACUUGACUGAAUUGUUGCCUAGAGGCUUGUAUUUCUUUUUCAAAUUUAUUAUUCAGCUGAAGGCUG